AUGGCGGACAAGAACCUCCACGAGAUCGCUGAGAAGGAUGCAGUCAAUGACGACGUUUACUACCUCAAGGAGGAUUGUGUCGUAGACGAGGAAGAAGAUGACACUAACGACAAAGAUUUGGACACCGAUUACGUGUGUUGGAAUAAGGAAUUUGGCUCCGAACUGCUGUCUUUAUCUGUUCAUCCGACUUUCCCAGAAAUUGCGCACGUAGCAGUAGGCUCAAGGGAUGACAAGUGCUUAGUUGUAGACUUCAAGUCUAUCAAUGGUGGGUCGGAUUCUCGUGAAACAACGCUAGGACCCUUUUCGGAAACCGUGAGCUCAUGUGCGUACUCUCCGGAUGGCUCUUACCUGGCUCUCGGCUGUAUGGAUGGGUUGUUUUUGAUUUACAACGUUAGAGGGGAAGAUUACACUCAAAUGUGUACGGUGAACGGGCCUACUGAUGGGAUCGAGUGGAUUUCGUGGCUUUCGGACAACAGCGCUGUAAUGUUUGGAGGCUCAGGGCACACAGUUUUCAUUUGGGAUGCCAAGUCGGAGACAACGGCGUGCGUGUCUACAAAGGACAACAAUUCUUGUGGCAAAUUUUGUACUUACAACGGCAGCUCAUUUGCAGUCUUGGGUGGUGACGAUGGGCAUCUUAGCAUAGCUCGAUACACGGACGGCAGCGUUGGUAACGUGACCGACGUGCUUCUCCACGGAGAAGUAGUGACUUGCCUAGACUGUCACGACACAGUGCAGCUUGCCAUGGCUGGGUUAUACGAUGGUGGAUUGUAUUUCGUCGAACUAUCGAAGAAUACAGUAACUGCGUCAUUCUUGGAGGACCACACGGACACUGUGGAGUCGGUGAAGUUUUGUUCUGGGGGAUCAUUAGUGAUGGCCGUGAGCAUAGGUCAUGAUGGGCGAGUAAUAACCUGGGACUGUGAGCGUAUGGCAAAGCUUCACGUCGUUAUGUUAUCAGAAAGGCUGACACGCGUGGUUUGGGUGCCUUCAACGCCGGUGGUCGCAGUUAGCAGCUUACGUGGUAAGCUCUACGCAAUAAAAAAUGGCAAAGUGUUGAGCGAAACUAGACCGCACAAGUCAACAGUACUGGAUAUUGUGACUCUUCCAUGUGACGAUGAAUUUGCUCUACUGUCAGUUUCCGAGGAUGGAGCAAUGAUCAUGUAG